AUGCAUCCCGCCACGGUCUCACCACCGCCACCAAACCCACCACCACCACCGACCACAACCCAAACCCUUGACGAAAUUACCACACUUCUCUGCCAUCUACUCCCCUACUCACUCUCCGUCAAAUCAUUCUCUACCCGCUGGCAAAUCAUCCGGUCAAAGCUCGCCACUCUCAAAUCCUCCAUCUCCGAAAUCUCCGACUCUCCCCACUGGUCCGAAAACCCUCUUCUCCAAACCCUCCUCCCCAACCUCCUCUCCACGCUCCACCGCGUCCAGACCCUCUGUGACCAAUGUUCCGACCCCUCCUUCAACCCCGGCAAGCUCCUCAUGCAGUCUGACCUCGACAUGGCCACCGGCUGGCUCUCUAAGCAAAUUCAGGACCUCGAUUUGCUCCUCCGGUCCGGCGUCCUCCGUCAAUCCAAUGCCAUCGUGCUCUCUCAACCCGGUCCAGGCUCGGCUAAAGAAGAUCUGGGGUUCUAUAUUAAGGACCUCUUCACAAGAUUACAGAUCGGAGGCAUUGAGUUCAAGAAAAAGGCCAUGGAGUCUCUGCUUCAACUUCUCUCUGAUGAUGAAAAAUCGGCCAGUUUAGUGGCUAGGGAAGGCAAUGUUGGUUAUUUGGUUCAUCUUCUUGAUCUGAAUACCCAUCCUUCACUAGUAGAACAUGCCGUUUCAGCCGUAUCGAUUUUAGUUUCCGCUAACGAUCUGUCCAGAAAAUGCGUGUUUGAAGAGGGAGGAUUGGGACCGUUAUUGAGAAUCAUCGAGUCAGGUUCAAUGGGAUUGAAGGAAAAAGCAGCCAUGGCCGUCGAAGCCAUCACCGCCGAUUCUGAUAAUGCUUGGGCUAUCUCAGCCUACGGCGGAGUUUCUAUACUCAUCGAAGUGUGUAAGUCCGGAUCAAUUGCAGCACAAUCACAUGCGGUUGGGGCAAUCAGAAAUGUAUCAACCGUUGAAGAUAUUAGGGUUUCUUUGGCGGAAGAAGGGGCUAUUCCUGUUUUAGUCCAAUUGCUUAAUUCAGGCACCGCCUUGACUCAAGAAAAAUCGGCAAAUUGUAUUGCAAUUCUUGCUUCCUCCGGUGAGAAUUUUCGAGAAUUAAUAUUGCUACAAGAUAAGGGAUUGCAAAGACUAUUGCAAUUGCUUCAUGAGUCGUCGAAUUCAGAUACGGUAGAACACGUUCUGCGAGCUAUCUAUUCACUUUCAGCUUCCGAAUCAGCUUCUCGGGUUUAUUCAUCUUCAACUUCGUUUAUAAUACAAUUAGCAGAGAUUAUAAAGCAAGGAAACAUAGUUUUACAGCAUAUUUCUGCUUCGUUGCUCGCUAAUUUAUCGAUGAGAGGUGGUUGCGAAUGCAUUGGUUUCGCUGUUGCGGUGAGAUCCAAUCGGAAAGAUUUGGUGAGAGAUGAGAAGAGUCUGAUGAGAUUGGUUCAGAUGCUUGAUCCUAGGAAUGAAUUGGUUUCCAAAAAGUUUCCGUUGGCGGUGGUAUCGGCGGUAAUGGGUGGUGGGAGUCAGGGGUGCCGGAAGAAGUUAGUGGCCGCCGGGGCUUAUGGGUAUUUGCAGAGGUUGACGGAAAGGGAGGUCGCCGGAGCUAAGAAGGCUUUACAGAGACUUUCCGGGAAUAGGCUGAAAAGUAUUUUCAGCAGGACUUGGAGGGAAUAA